AUGUCCGCCGAAUCAACGCCGAUCACAGCUGCACGCUUCGCCACCGCCCUCAACGACCUACCCAUAUCCUCUCUGUACGCAAAACACGCCGAGCUCACAAACAACAUCACACACCUCGAAGCAAGCAACAAGCAGCUAGAAGACUUCGCCCGCGAGAACGAUGAUCGCGACUGUUACGAAGCGCUCCUCGAAAAUCGACAGGUCAUGAGGAACUUCAACGAGCGCAUGAACUUGAUCAGGAAAGAAGUCGAAGAGGUCCGUGGACUGCCAUGGAGGCCGCAGCAUGAGGGCGAGGUCAGGAAAGAAGAGGGUGAUGUUGGCCUGAACGGUACGACGCCCACACAAAACAGGACAAACACGACUGCAAACGCGCCCCAGGCCGCGGAGGAACGGACAAAUGGCAGUUCGGCACAGACUGCGGAAGACGAGGAGGGUGUAUACCUUUGA